CGCUGCUGAAUGGAGCUGGUAGCUGGUUGUUACGAACAGGUCCUUUUUGGGUUCGCUGUCCGCCCCGAGCCAGAUGCAAGCAGCGACCAAGAGCAAAAAUGGACUUCUGUGGCUGACUUCACUCACCAUGCCCACACCGCCUUGUUGUCAGCAGUGGCUGUCAGUAGUCGUUUCAUAGCUGGGAGCAAAGAUGAAACGAUCCACAUAUACGACAUGAAGAAGAAGGUAGACCACGGAGCUCUGGGGCAUCACAGCGGCACAAUAACUUGCCUGAAAUUCCAUGGCAACAGGCACUUAAUCAGUGGGGCCGAAGAUGGACUCAUUUGUGUCUGGGAUGCAAAGAAAUGGGAGUGCCUGGAGUCCAUUAAAGCUCACAAAGGACACGUGACCUUCCUUUCUAUUUACCCAUCUGGCAAGUUGGCCCUGUCUGUGGGUACAGAUAAGACAUUAAGAACAUGGAAUCUUGUGGAAGGAAGAUCAGCAUUUAUAAAAAAUAUAAAACAAAAUGCUCACGUAGUGGAAUGGUCCCCAAGAGCAGAGAAAUACGUAGUUGUUAUACUGAAUAAAAUAGAUGUCUACCAAGUGGACACUGCAUCUGUGAGUGGCACCAUCACAAACGAAAAGAGAGUGUCUUCGCUUACGUUUCUCUCAGAGUCUGUCCUGGCAGUGGCUGGAGAUGAAGAAGUUGUCAGGUUUUUUGACUGUGAUUCACUAAUGCGUCUCUGUGAAUUUAAAACUCAUGAUAACAGGAUAAAGGACAUGUUCAGUUUUGAAAUUCCAGAGCAUCAUGUUAUUGUUACAGCAUCAAGUGAUGGCUUCAUCAAAAUGUGGAAGCUUACGCAGAAUAAGAAAGUUCCUCCAUCUUUACUCUGUGAAGUAAAAACUAAUGCCAGGCUGACAUGCCUCAGAGUGUGGCUAGACAGAGCGGCAGAUGCAAAAGAAAGCCUUCCUCCGGCUGCAGAGCCUUCCGUUGUAAGUAAAGAAGAGUCUCAAAUCAACAAAAAGGAAGCUGGCAAUAUGGUGCAGGAGGAAGAAAGGCAGUCCAAACCUAAUAAGAAGAAAUGUGGUUUAACUGAUGACAGGAAUAAGCCAACGAAAGGAAGUAGCCUGGUGUCAACCAAGAAGAGGAAAAUGGUAGAAACGUUGGAAAAAAAAAAAAAGAGAAAAAAGAAGAAAAUAGGAGUGAUACAGUGA